CUCUUGCAUGUGAUCCUCCUUCCUUCCCCUAUUAAUUCCUCUCUUCCCCGCCAAACCUCUUUUCUCCUCUCCUCUGAGUCCCUCCAUUACAUUCAUCCACCACUCUCUGUCUCUGUCUCUGUCUCCCUCUCUCUCUCUCUCUCUCUCUCUCUCUCUCGCUGGUCGACCUGCAGACACCCGUUUGCCUAAUAUUGACUCUCUAUUUGUAUUUGAUCAUCAUAGUGCAACAUUUUCUGCAAUUAUGAUACCUCUUGGGCAGGAAAACAGCAUGACAAACACUUCACCAAACAAUCUACUCUCUAAUAUGAACCGGCCUGAUCAGAACUGUUCGGUUCAGCCCGAACCCUCCGCUUCGUCGAGGACUAAUGUGAGCCCAUGUUUGGGUGACGACAUGCCGGGCCAGCCCCGACCAACCUCGCACAGAGCUUCAAUUUUGCACCAGUCGUUGCGCCCUAUAACACUUAAGUUUGAAGAUGUUGGAUACAGCAUCAAGCUGCAAGCAACAAACGGAGGUUGUGUUGCUUCACAUAAGCCAAAACCAACACGCACUGUACUCAAUGGAGUGAGUGGAAUCGCUCUACCGGGUGAGCUACUCGCAAUGUUGGGGCCAUCCGGGAGCGGCAAGACCACUUUCUUGACCGCCCUGGGCGGCCGCUUGCCAGGUAAAAUCUCUGGUAAGAUAACAUACAAUGGCCAGAACUUCUCAAGCUCCAUGAAGCACAACAUCGGCUUCGUUUCGCAAGAUGACGUCUUGUAUCCUCACCUUACUGUUCUGGAGACCCUAACCUACACUGCCUUGCUAAGGCUGCCCAAGCAGCUUACAAAAGAAGAGAAAAUUGAGCAAGUCGAAACGGUGAUAAUGGAGCUCGGGUUGAACCGGUGUCGUGAUACUGUAGUUGGUGGGCCUCUACUGCGAGGCAUUUCGGGUGGUGAGCGAAAACGGGUCAGUAUUGGGCAAGAGAUGCUUGUCAACCCGAGUCUUUUGCUUUUGGACGAGCCCACUUCUGGGCUCGACUCAACCACGGCCCAACGUAUCAUCACGACGUUGCUCAGACUGGCCCGUGGUGGUCGGACGGUGAUCACCACCAUCCAUCAGCCGUCAAGCAGGCUAUACAGGAUGUUUGAUAAAGUAGUGGUGUUAUCGGACGGGUACCCAAUUUAUAGCGGGCAUGCUGGUCGGGUCAUGGAGUAUUUCGGGUCCAUUGGAUAUGAGGUCGGGUUCAAUUUCAUCAACCCGGCUGAUGUCUUGCUUGAUCUUGCAAACGGUAUAGCACCUGAUGCAAAACAGGAUGAGGAAGUAGAGUAUAAUGGCAGAUUAGACCACCAAGAAGAUCAAAACACAACCAAGCAGUUCUUAAUAUCUUCCUAUAAAAAGUAUAUAUACCCUGCAUUGAAGACAGAGAUUCAGCAAACUCAUAAAGACACAGUUGUUUCUUCUUCAAGAACACCAUCAUCCAGAGGUAACCUCCAGUCAAUAAGUCUCUAUUUUUCAACUAGAUUUUCCGCUGGAAUAUUCAUUUGUGCAUGUAUAUGGUAUGUAGGUAGUGGAAAUUACAAAUGGACCACCAGCUGGUGGGAGCAAUUUAGCGUUUUGCUGGAAAGGGGUUUAAAAGAGAGGAAGCAUGAAUCUUUCUCUCGCUUAAGGAUUUUCCAAGUCAUGUCAGUUGCAAUUAUUUCCGGUCUUUUGUGGUGGCACUCCAACAUUUCGCAUAUACAAGAUCAGGUGGGACUUCUUUUCUUCUUCUCCAUAUUUUGGGGCUUCUUUCCUCUAUCCAAUGCCAUAUUUUCAUUCCCUAUGGAAAGACCAAUGCUGAUAAAAGAACGUUCCUCGGGCAUGUACCGUCUCUCAUCCUAUUUUUUUGCGCGAACGGUUGGUGAUUUGCCAAUGGAGCUUGUUCUCCCAACAGUCUUUGUAACAAUAAGCUAUUGGAUGAGUGGUCUCAAGCCUUCAAUAGUCACAUUUGCACUAACCCUUUUCAUUGUUCUUUACAAUGUGUUAGUCGCCCAAGGCAUAGGGCUAGCACUAGGGGCCAUUCUAAUGGAUGUGAAGCAAGGCACAACUCUGGCUUCUGUGACAACGCUGGUGUUUUUACUUGUAGGCGGAUAUUACAUUCAGCACUUGCCGCCUUUCAUAGCUUGGUUGAAGUACAUUUCGUACAGCCAUUACUGCUACAAGCUUCUUGUGGGAGUGCAAUACUCGGUGCAUGAGGUUUAUGAGUGUGGGAUGGGGGUGCAUUGUAGGGUGCUGGACUUUCCUGGUAUUAAAUGUGUAGGUCUUGAUAAUAUGUGGAUAGAUGUAGCUGCAUUGGCUGUGAUGCUGGUGGGAUAUAGGGUUUUGGCUUAUGUGGCAUUGAGGAUGGGGCAACCUCACUGACUUCUUGAAUCUUGAUGAUGAUAGAUCAGAAACUGACAUGCAGCAUAUUAUUGCAGCAAGAGAACUUGAUGACAUACGUUCGGAUAUCCAGUUUUAUCGAGUAAUCGAAGGUUUUGAACUGAUAUUGUGAACCAAGAUUUCAUGUAUGCUGGCUGGAGAAAUUGUAAUGAAUUGUAUUCCGUUACAAGGAAAUGGAUAUGAUGGUAAUGAUAAAUUGUUAGAUUUGUUGAAAAAAACUCAAUUUGCUGA